AUGGCCCGUGUCCCUUAUACUAAUGCUGUGGGUAGUCUGAUGUACGCAAUGAUGUGUACUCGACCUGACAUAUGCUAUGCAGUUGGUUUAGUGAGUAGAUUCCAAUCAAACCCCGGACUAGCUCACUGGAAAGCGGUCAAAAGGAUUAUGCGAUAUCUCAAGAGAACUGCGGACUAUGUGCUGUGCUAUCAGGGUUCAGAUUUGCAGCUAAGAGGUUACAGUGAUGCCGAUUGGGGCAACGACCUAGAUGAGCGCAAAUCAACCACUGGGUAUGUAUUUCUGCUCAACCAAGGCGCCAUUACAUGGAGCAGCAAGAAACAACCCUGUAUAGCGUUAUCCACCAUGGAGGCAGAAUACAUAGCAUGUUCUGCAGCAGUUCAAGAAGCUGUUUGGUUACGGAGGUUUCUCAAGCAUUUAGAUAUUGGCACGGAUACAUCAGAUCCGGUGACAAUAUUCUGCGAUAGCAUGGCAGCUCUCGCAUAUGCUAAGGACUCAAAUCGCAUGGUUGCUGAUCCCUUAACGAAGCCUAUAGCAAGAGAUGUCUUUAAGGCUCGUGUUAGGAAUCUAAGACUGCGUAGACUAUAA